CUCCGGAGCGGGUGUGGUGCUCCCAGCCUCUGAUGAGAGCCUUUCCAGCUUGCAGAGCCUCUGGGCAUGGGGCCAAGCACUCCCCUGGUCGCAGCCUCGGCGAUGUCUUUCCUGCUGCUGCGCCGGGAUUUCCAGAGGAGGGAAGGUGGAAGAGAAGCAAAGUGCGCGUCCCGUCCCUCUCGCCGUUCCAUGCGGGCGUGUAUCUUUCCUCGGGACUGUGUGUCAGACCAGGAAGCCAAGAGCAAGAUCCUGGUGGCUCCCGCUCGGUGCCAGCGUGCGAUCGGGCGUGCCUGUCUGCCCUCAAACGGGUUGCUUGGAAGACGCGCCGGGGCUUAACUUCCCUCCAAAUGGGAUCCGAGUUGCGUGCCUUGGCGAGCCCGCGACUCGAUGAUUCAGCUAGCCUCUUCUCCUCCUAACAGCGUCUCUUUUGCCCUCCCAAGACUGCAUGCCCCUCCCUGUGCAGGCUUCUCAAUGUGGACCCAGCACGGGACAUGAAGGUGGCCCGGAGUGGGCAGGGAAGGUGGCAUGUCGGGCUUUCACGUGGUGAUAUCUCAGAUGUGCCCCAGCUUUCCAGGGGGCUCACAGACCUCAUCUUGGACAGAAAUCUGCUCUACGUGAUUGGGGAAAAGAUGCACUUGUUCCGCAGCUGCAGCUACCAAAUCCAGCUGGAGGGGCAGGUGGGCAGUGCCCCAAGGAUCCAGGGCAUCCGAUGGACUCCUCUUCCAGACAAUGAAUCAUCCUUGGUGCCUGGCCACAGCCUAAAGCAGGUUUCAUCGAACAAAAUUCAGAGAGCAGGGAGGCUUCUCUGUGCACACUUAGUAAUCAUGUACCCAGACCUAAUCCGUGACCACAAGCACCACCUACGGCUUCACAGGCAGUGCUGCUCUGGGAAGGAGCUGGUGGAUGCGCUACUUAAUGCCAGGCUUUCUGUGCUGACCCGUAGCCAGGCCCUUGGACUUUGCCAGGUGCUGAUGGAUGAAGGAGUCCUGGCUCAUGUACGGCACGAGAGCUACUUCCAGGAUCGGGAUGCCUAUUUCUUCCGCUUUGUGGCCUUGGAGCCCAGUGCUGAAGACCGAGAUGGCGAGGAGUUACUGGAGGCUCUGGCACUGCUCACCCAACUGGGCCCCACCGCCCUGCUGACCACCAUCCUGCGCAAGCUCCCUGGCCAGCGCACAGAUGAGGAACUUGCACUGAUCUUUGAGGAGCUGCUGCAUAUCAAAGCGGUAGCUCACCUCUCCAGCUCGGUGAAGAGGGAGCUGGCUGCGGUGCUGCUGUUUGAGUCCCACACAAAGGCUGGAACUGUGUUGUUCAGCCAAGGGGAUAAGGCCACCUCCUGGUACAUCAUCUGGAAGGGAUCGGUCAAUGUCGUCACACAUGACAAGGGCUUAGUGUCCACCUUGCAUGAAGGUGAUGACUUUGGGCAGCUGGCGCUGGUGAACGAUGCCCCCCGUGCAGCAACCAUCAUCCUCCGUGAAGACAACUGCCACUUCCUGCGUGUGGACAAGCGGGACUUCAACCGCAUACUCAAGGAUGUUGAGGCCAACACCCUGAGACUGAAGGAACAUGGGGCAGUGGUGCUGGUCCUGGAGAAGAACUCCCAAGGCAAUAACUCUAGCCACCUUCCUGGGACUCCAGGGAGCAGUAGAUACUCAGUGAUGGCAGGGACCCCUGAAAAAAUACUUGACUAUCUGUUGGAAGCUAUGCGCCCAGAUGCAACGCUCAUUGACCCUCUAGACACCUUCCUUGGAGAUUUCCUCCUGACACACAACGUGUUCAUGCCAACGCCCCAGCUCUGCAGGAUUCUGCUGCAACACUUUCAUUCAGAACCUUCUGAAGGCACCGAGCAGGACAAAGCUGCCUACAUUUUGGGCAAACGACAGAAGAUCUUGUGCCUGGUGAAGCAGUGGGUGUCACUGUACGGGCGCUUGCUGCAGGUGGAAUCCAGUACCAUGGCCUUCUUGCAGAGCCUGACUGAGUGUGCAGCCCAGGAUGCUCGCCUUAGCCCGCUGCUGAAGGAGAAGAUGCAGGAUCGCCGGAGGAACCGAGUCAUGGAAAAUGGCAGUAACUGUGCUACUCCAAAGAUUCAGGUGCGAAAUGCUGUGGACUGGUUUGCCAGCCAGGAAGAACCAUUUCUGAACAGCAGCUACACCAUCCAAGCCAAGGACAAAAUCCCAUACGAUAUCUACAGGCCAGACUACACCUGCCUCACCCCAUUGCUGCCGGUGAAUGCCUCAGUGCAGGAGGUGCUUGCGUCACUGGCAGACAGCCAUGGCUGGACCAAAGACUGGAUCCUGGUCAAGCUCAAUUCAGCUGGGGAUAAGGAGGUGUUGCCCAUGGACGCCUUUGGUGUGUUUACAUCCCUGGGGUUGAAUGAGAGACUCUUUGCAGUCAGUGUUCAAGAGCUUCACAGCUUGGCCCCCCACCCUGAGCAGCUUGGCCCCACAGUAGGUUCUUCAGAAAGCUUGGAUUUCAUCAGUUCCAAGGACCUGGCCAACCAGUUCACCGAGCAUGACUGGAACCUCUUCAAAAGCAUCCAUCAGGUGGAGCUGAUCUACUACAUUUUUGGGCCCCAGAAGUUUCCCAACAAUACCACAGCCAACCUGGAGCACUUCUUGCAUCGUUUCAAUGAGCUGCAGUUCUGGAUCAUGACUGAGCUCUGCCUUUGUCCAGAUGUCAUCAAGAGAGCCCAACUGCUCCGGAAAUUCAUCAAGAUGGCUGCACACCUGAAAGACCAAAAGAACUUGAACUCCUUUUUUGCAGUGAUGUUUGGCCUGAGCCACUCCACCAUCAGCCGUCUUACCAGGACCUGGGAGAAGCUUCCACACAAGACACGAAAGUUGUACGGCACCAUGGAACGAAUAUUGGAUCCUUCCUGGAAUCACCGGGUCUAUAGGCUGGCCAUGGCCAAACUGACUCCACCCAUAAUCCCCUUUAUGCCCCUCCUUCUUAAAGACAUGACCUUCAUCCAUGAGGGCAACCGCACAUUGGUGGAAAACCUGGUCAAUUUUGAGAAGCUGCGCAUGAUGGCCAAGGCUGUUCGUCUCAUGCAUCACUGCCGGAGCCACCCCAACCUUCCACUCUCCCCCUUGCGGAGUCGUCCUCAGCACCUCCUGGAAGAAGCUCGGGGGAUGCGUGUCUCUACAUGUUCAGAGCAAUCUCUCAAUACUCGGAGCCCAGUUGUGACCUGGGCAUGCAUCCAGCACUUGAGAAUAAUUGACAACCAGAAGGAACUUUUGCGGCUCUCACGGGACCUCGAGUCCUGAUACUUGGGGAAGCUCAAGCAACAGACACCAGAUGUGUGUGUCGUCCCACGUAGGCCAAGAACUGCUAGGAAGGACACCUCCUUAUAGGGUAGCCCUGCCUUGUAGAUGAGAUAGUGGGGUGUCCCAAGCAGAGUUCUGUUGGUGGCACCCUGCAUCCUGGAACCAGGAGCGUAAGGGCUGGCUCUGUCCGGGCCCAGGGAAGUAUAUGCCCACUGCUACCAAUGGUGUUUUUGCACACUUCAGACUUUCUGACUGGAAAAGAAAAAGAAGGCUGCUGUACAGAAUACUUUGGCUGCCUUAUCGUGAAAGAGCAAAAGGCUCGCUUUUAUUACUUAUCAGUGUUCAUUGGAAAUGUGGAUUUUUAAAAAAAGCAUAUGGCAAGACUUGCUUUGGUAUCUCUGGUGGAACACCGUUUCCUCACUGGGAUUUCCUUCUCCUGCUGUUGACUAGCAUCAUAGCUCAGGGGUGGAAAACAUGCUAGACUGAGCUAGAAAUUCUAGUUUCGGUUGGCCAGCAGAUCCACUUAUAUGCCCUCUCCCUCUCCCCUCUCUGCCCCAACCUGGCCCUCCUCCAAGAGGUGGCUCCAGUGUUGCAACUGCCCAUAGAACACAAAUGGAGCAAAAUUCAUUUCCUCCACUAGAACUGAUUUACCUAACCCUGUCUACAUAUUUGGUGUUCUGCAAACAUGUUGGAUUUUGUAAGUGGUAUCCGUAGGCGAGUGCUUACCUUGAGAGAUAUGCUCAGGCUUCUCUGUCAUGUCACCAAGGAUGCUGGCAUACUUUUUCUAGACUAUGCCAUAUGAUGCUGAAAGCAACAGUCAAAACUCAGAGGCAUAUGCUUUUUGUAUUUUAUUUUUAUAUUUAUUACCAUUAUACCCCACCUUUUUUCCCUUUUGCAAGGAAUCUAAGGUGGCUUACCUCUCCUUUUAUCCUCACAGCAUUCCUGAGAGCUGGGUUCAGAUUAUGGCCAGGGACUGGCCCUACUGAGCUUUACAGCUGACGGAGGACUAGAACCUGGGUCUCCUAAGACCAUUAGUCCAACACUAACCACUCCACCAUGCUGGCUCUCUGAAUUGCAUGCCACUGCUUACAUGGACGCAGUUAGGUUAGCACUGUGGCCAUGCCUAUUUUUGAUUCUUUUUCUCCUAAUAGAACCAUCCAGACAGGAGGAGCGGGGAGGAGAGGUUUGACCCCUGGCUGCUUCUCCACCAAAAAAGCAAGGUUUAGAGUAAGCUUUGGAGUUACACAAGCUCUUCAUCAGGCAGAAUGGAAGAGAGAACAUGCCUCUGCUACACAGCAUAAAAUUAACUACGGGAGUCUUAUUAGCUAGCAAAGAGCAAACCCUCCGUGACUGGAUUCAGAGUGAGUCUGAUAUUUGCAUACUUCCUUGAGGAAGUCUUGGAACAUGAUUAUCUCUGGCCCAACAAUUUUGCAGUACCAGCACACAGACAUGCUGAUGGUAUAAUGCAGCUGUGCAUUGCCACGCUGCCCCAUGGGAAUUGUAGUUCAGUUUGGUGUCAGGAGCCCAGCUGAGGUUGGGGCAGAAACGGCUGCUUUGUCAUUCAUUACUGGUAACCACCUAGCACAAAAUCUUGUAUCUGCUGCUUGGUUAGGUCCUCAGAUGACGCGGACUGGGCAUGUCUUCCACUGGAGCAGCAGGCAGCCUACAUCUGUGCCGACUGUGCAUAGAAUGUGGUUUAAAAGCUGGGGGAAAUGGUGCUUAAACUGUAAUAAAGUCAAACAUUAUCUGCCAAA